ACGGCCCGCAGUGCGCAUGCGUUUACCGUCUGACUUGACCCGUUGCUAUGGUAACGCGAUUCGUAAUCAAAUAAAGUAUACACGAAAUACAACAGACUAUAAACUAUCAGUUAGUGCUUGUGAGUUUUUUCUUUUUGGCUUUUAAAAUUAUGACGUGAGGUGCGCGUGCGCAGUGACGUCACAGGAUGGCUGUGUGGGGCUGGUUGUGUGUGUUCGCUCUGCUGGGAGCAGUUUCUGCCCAGGGACCCGAGAAACGAAGAACGGGCAAUGUUUGCAAUGUAGACAUCGAUUGUCCUGACAAUGCGUUCUGCAGACAGAGCAGCUACUGCGUGUGCAAAGACGGUUUCGUGUAUGCGGCUGUCAACAGCACACAUAAGGGCUGCUUGAAAGAGGCACGUAAUGGUGAGGAAUGUGUUCAACAUAUCCAAUGUCACUCAACAAUGGGCGUGCACUCUGAAUGCGCCAAUGGCGUGUGCGCGUGCGCACCCUCCGCGCACUUAGAAACCGACCGCUGUUACGAAACUGCUGUAAUCGGGGAACGAUGCGUGGUUGAUCAGAACUGCUACCUGGGGGCACCUAUCUCUGAGCGACAAGCAUUUUGUGUGCGCGGCUUCUGUACCUGCCAGCUUCAGUUCAGCCCUAGAGACAACGGAACGCGAUGUGUCCGCGACGCUGCUCUUGGUGAAGAGUGUGAAGACGAGCUGCAGUGCGCAGGCGUGGGGCUCGAGUGUCGCGGGACCUGUCGCUGUCGGGACAACUGGGUCGCAUAUCGGGACAUCAACGCUUGUUUUGAAUCUGCAAAGGCUCUUGAUGAUCCAUGCCAGUACGACGUCCAAUGUGACGCUUUAGCCGGUGUGGCUGAAGCCCCUUCUCCAGGGGCCGCCCUAUGUUUGGGCGGCGCUUGCGCGUGCGCUUACGACGCACGGGCUGCCGGGAAUCCCCCGCGCUGCUGGCGACGAAAACGCCCAGGACAGGAGUGCAACCGGGAUGAGGAAUGCGUAUCAGAGGAAGACGAGCCAGGAUAUUGUCUGUCAGGUCGCUGUACUUGUAAGACCUGCACGCCAGACGCUAAGGAUUUCGGUGGAGCGAGCGCCAUUUCUCCUCCAUUGACAGUUGCAGCCAUUUUGUGCGCAAUCGCUAUCUUCGCUCGUUAACGGCCAUUUUUUGUCUCCUGAUUCUCGCCAUCUUGUUUAUUUUGACAAUUUCUGGUAACUUCUAUAUAAACUUCAGAAUUGUAACAAUGAAAUUGUACAUGAUGUUUUUCAAUUUCUAAACCGAUAGUCUCGAAAAAGAUGGCGGAAACCUGUAAAUUUAAGGUAAUUCCAGUGUUAAGAUCGAAAUAUGUAGGAAUAAUUAAGAAUACUUAUUUUCAACACGUAAAGUUCUUUUUAAACUCUAUUUUUUAUAAAUGAAUAAAUUCUAACCUGCUUAAAAUUUCCUAUUAAUAAUUAAAAACUGUUUUAAUGUUCUAUAACUUCCAGAUAUUGUUAAUGCUUAAUGAAAUAUUUUUUUAUGAGCACAAUCGUUGAUAUAUCCCAUUACAGGCUCAACACAUUAAAUUAAAUUUAUUUAAAUCAUAUUAAAAAAAAAAAACAGAAAAUUAGAUAUGAAGUUAUAAUAUAAUACAUACAUUUUUAACAUAUUUUUUAAAAUGAUCGCAUGUUAAGGAGAAAUCUGCUUUUGUAAUGGGAUAUAGUUUAAAAUUUUAUGAUAAGUUGUAAAUAAUAUUAUCACCGUUGUUGUUUGUUGUUGAAUUGUAUAUUUUUAAUUAAGAGUAGAUUUAUAUAAUUUUUUUUUUCAACUGAUAUUGAGGCAGUAUUUUGUGAGUGCAAUUUUCGAUAUUAUAGACAUACGAAUGGGUAGGUUAUACCAAAGAAAUGUACACUAAUCGAAUAUGUGUAAAUAAAGCGUAUUUAUUUCAA